AGUAGAGGAGGAGGGGGAAAACGAGCGGAGCGGAGCCUCGGCAUCCCGAUCAGGAGCACCGAUGCGCUCGCGCCCCUAAUCGAUGCGCCCGAUGCUCUAGCCGCACAUGACGGACACCUCCUUUGCGGACGUCAAAGCCGACCGAGCCGAGACGAGAGAAGAAAAGAGCGCCUUGUUUUGAGAGGAGCAGUCGGGGAGGGAGCGCCCAGCCCAGCGCCAUCCAGCCAGCCAGCGGCUUGUUUUUGUCGGCCGCCCCGCCGGAAAAUGCAAAUGACGGCAUUUUCCGUCUUCCCGGAUGCUCCUCGCGACCAGCCGGAAUGAGAGGCAAGCGGAGGCGCAUCUGUCUCGCCCCGGAUUAUGAUCUUCGCCGAGCGUGAGCGCGUGGACGGCGCGUCGUCGUCGCGGUGCCGCCACCGCCGCCACCGCCGAGUCGAGUCGCCGUCCUCCGCCGCCACCGCCGCCGUCUUCUGUUUCGGCUAGCCAAACAUCAUGUAGGCCAGCCUCCUCCUCGACGACGACGACGACGACGUUGGCGUCCGCUUUGUUUCUCGUUGCGAGUCCCCCAGGAAGGAUGCGAGCGGCCGGCUCGGCGUGUUUGUGACGAGUUGAACGUUUUGACUUUGGAGCACGGCCGCUUUUGAACGGCGAGGAAGGAGUCGGGUCCUCCUGCCGCCGCGGCCCAACAUGUUCAAGUAUCGGAUCCGCAUGUUUCUUAACGAACUCAAGGUGCUGGUGUUGAUGCGAUCCGAUUCGAGACGCUCCGGGCCCCCCGCCGCCGAUAGGGACGGGGACGGCGGAUGCGGCUGGCCGGCCUUGGUCGACUGCCGUCCGCGCGACGGCGACUGCGACGACGACGACGACUACUACGGCAGCGAACCGCGGCCGCGAGGCCCGCAGGCCCUGGACGACAAGGAGCCCAAGCUGCAAGUGCAGGGCCUGGACGCCGUGUCCCUGGCCAGCACCGCCAGCAGCCUCAGGACCCCUCAGUGCAGGAUCUGCUUCCAAGGCCCCGAGCAGGGCGAACUGCUGAGUCCUUGCCGGUGCGACGGCUCUGUGCGCUGCACCCACCAGCCGUGCCUGAUCCGCUGGAUCAGCGAGAGGGGCUCCUGGAGCUGUGAGCUCUGCUACUUCAAGUACCAGGUUUUGGCCAUCAGCACCAAAAACCCCUUGCAGUGGCAGGCCAUCUCCCUGACGGUGAUCGAGAAGGUGCAGAUCGCGGCCAUCAUCCUGGGCUCGCUGUUCCUGAUCGCCAGCAUCUCCUGGCUCAUCUGGUCCUCACUCAGCCCCUCGGCCAAGUGGCAACGCCAGGACCUGCUCUUCCAGAUCUGCUACGGCAUGUACGGCUUCAUGGACAUCGUCUGCAUAGGUUUGAUCAUCCACGAGGGCUCGUCGGUCUACCGCAUUUUCAAACGCUGGCAGGCCGUCAACCAGCAGUGGAAAGUACUGAACUACGAGAAGUCCAAGGAUCUGGGCGAGCCGCUGAGCGCGGGCGGAAAAGCGGGCGCACGCCUGGCCGCCCGCGGGACUCCUCACGCCCUGGCGGCCGGUAGCGCGGGGCGCCGCGGCCGCAGGCUCAGGACUAUCCUGCACCGCCGCUGCGGCUACACCGUCUUGCACAUCCUCAGCCGGCUGAGGCCCGAGCGCCCGCGCCUGGGCUCCUCCGCCAACCGCGAGGUGGUCAUGAGGGUCACCACCGUAUAACGCCGCCCCUCUUACUUUCUUUCUUUCUUACCGUCCUGAGGAAGCCGCGUGCUCCUUUUGCCGUUUUUAAGGAACUCUAAAGACAUUCACUAUCGUUGACGUUGGCGGACCCACCAGAGUUGCUUUAAAAAAAAAAAAAAAAAACGCCGUUUUUACAUUAAAAGUGCUAUGAAAUGGUCAAAAAUUGAAAAUGACUGCACUAAUGUCAUUUGAAAUGUAGAAACCGAAUUUGGUACUUAAACGUGGCUGUUGUUUUUAAUCAUUUAAUAAUUAUUCUACUCAAAACAAUGCAGAAUUGAUGAUCGUGGCUAGCUAGCUAGCUAGUACAUGUUGACAGAAUGACAACAAGAGUAUAGCUCAACAAUGGAUAGCAUGCUAGCAGCUCAUUUUGGGUGUGACAUCAUCUUCUGUUUUUUAGUGGGCAAAAGAUUUUUUAUUUUUGGGAUAGAUUUGUAAUCAAAACAUGCUCUGUUAGCAUUUCAUUGCAUAGUUUUUAACCUUGCUAACGACACUGAACCACACAAGUUUAAUCGGCAUUACGCAAAACCUUUGGAGAUAGAUAAUGAAGCCAUUUUUUCCCCCCAAAUUCCAAACCGAUGUAGCUAAGCUAACCAGCUAAUAUCUACUGUCAGCAAAUUACAGUUCAAGUUUCUUCUCAUAUUGGCAACGCCGUUCUUAAAUAGGUCAUAUUUUUCUGUAAUGCUUUUAUAAAUACAGUGGUACCUCUACUUAUGAAAUUAAUUUGUUCUGGAAGUAGUUUCGUAACUUGGAAAUUCUGUAAUUAGAGAUGCGUUUUCCAUGUACCGUAUUGGCCCGAAUAUAAGAUGGCCCUGAUUAUAAGAUGACCCCCUCUUUUUCAAGACUCAAGUUUGAAAAACGACUUUUUGAACGUAUAACACCAACACCAGAUAAAUUUUUAUACAGAAAUUAAUUACAGUACAUCUGAAACAAAUAAUUAUAACAAUAUAUUUGAGAAAAAGCAUGUUAUUUUGCCUCAUUCAAAUCUUAAUAUCUGAACAUUUAAAUCUGUAAACUAAAGUGCAAUCACAUUCGUAAAUGCAUGGCUUCUGGUUUUUGAAAUGUAAAUACACCAAUCUAUUGUGAUAAAACAACAAAAUUGCAAUAACAGCAUUAACCAUCAAAGUGAAGUCUAACUGUAACUGUAGUCUUGAAACUAAUCUGAAUGAGGAAAAACAUUGCAAUAAAAUAAAGCAAACUGGUUAAACUUGAGAGUAGCUGAGAUGUCAUGACAGAACAUCGCUUCAAUGAUAUCUGGCGCCAUCUGGCGUCGUGAAUGGAUAUAACGUCUAGACUGCGAAUAUAAGACGACCCCUACUUUUUCAGCGUUAUUUCAAUGCAAAAAAACACCGUCUUAUAUUCGGGCCAAUACGGUAAAUUGCCUUAUCUAUUCCAAGCCCCCCAAAAUUCAGACAAAUCUUUUAUAACGCAUAAAAAGGCAUUAAAACAAAUACAUACAAAUACAUGUUACAAUUAGAUUAUUGCACGAUAAACAUGAAAUCAGAGUUGUUCAUAAUGUAAAAAAACAAGAAUAAAGAAUAAAAGUUGGGAUACACUCAUACACAUAAGCCCCUUUUACAUACACAAAAGCAUUUUUCACAUACACCAAAACACCGUUUUAAAUCCCGCAAUUUAAACAGGCAAGCCUGAAAGCAAUUUCCCGGGUCACAGCACGAUGGCUGAUGACGUAAAUAUCAUGGCGGGCCGUUCGUCACUUCCUCUUUCUUCGCAGUAAAUAAACAUCGCAAUUAUCAAUAUAGCAAGCUGGAAAUAGCUAAAUUAAACUGAAAACAUAACGAAAUUAAAUUGCUACUGGAUCGUACAGCCGAGAAAGAGAGUCCAUAGUCCAUCUUUGGAAAUGUGUGUUUUAUUUUGUUGCUGGUGUUAGGGUCCGCAACUGCAGAAACAAGGUUGUAACUCAAAGCAAAAUACACCAGAGGGAUGCGUUCAAGGGUUUAUUAAAUACAAACAAAAAUAGACGCAAUCGUGGAAAAGGAAGAAUAACUAAAUGGGUUCGUGACAGCAGGUCGACGGGGAUCAAUAAUACCAACCUAAGUGGUAGGCAGAGCGCCGAUAAAACAACAAAACAGAUACACUCAAAUACCAGCACAACGUGGGGGAAUUCAAAACAAGGGAGGCACACGAACAAUUUAGCAAUUGCACGAAAUUCGAAAGUACAAGGUUUCGAAUGGCGCCCAGCGAGUUAAUAUCUCGGCACCCUUCUCUUGGAUCGCCUAGGCUUAGAUACAGUCUUGAUGAGCGUGAAUUGGCUGCAGUUAUGACGUCAGGAACAUCCCACAACUGGCUCUGUACUAGGGGUGGGAACCUCUUGGUACCACACGAUAUGACACGAUUUGCGAUAAAAAGCUCACAAUAACGAUGAUCUGACGAUAUGGCGAUACAACGAUUAUCGAUGCAUUCAGGAAAUCAUUCUAGGAUAUUCUACAAACUAAUAAAGAAAAACAAGCUUCUGCUGUGAAUUGGAAUGAAUUUAUCACUAGUAGACGUCCAAUCGACAUUCGUUCAUUCCCUUCCAUCCCUCCUACUUCAAACGGAUUGAACGUCAAUGGCCGUCAGUGGCAAGCAAUGCCAGGCAUUGAGGGAAUUUUGGGCCAUUUCAGGUCACCUGUUGACUUUUAGUUACUUUGUUGUUUUUGGGGUAUUUCAUGGGUCACUUCCUGUUUAUUUAGAGUUCACGAACAUGAAGUGACGCGCGAAUCUCCCAAAUGAUUUGGCAGUGACUAAGACUCAACAGGAAAUGACCUGCAAAUGCCCUAAAGUGAACAAAAAGUGACCUGUAAAUGCCCUGAAAAUCUAAAAGAAUGUGAAUGCUCUGGUUCCAAAUGAACGAACAUUCCCAGUCUAAAUAGAUUGGGUGUCGAGCACCGUCAAUGGCAGCCACUCCCACUUCUAUGGUCAUCUGUGUCAACCAAUGCCAGGCAACAAAGUAAUUUUGGGCCAUUUUAGGUUAUUACUUGUUAUUUUCAGUCACUUCCGGUUGAUUUAGGGGCAUUUUAUGGGUCACUUUCUGUUGAUUUUGGGUUACAGAACAGGAAGUGACCGGGGAAUGAAUAGACAGUGACUCAAACUCAACAGGAAAUGACUUGUAAAUGCCCUCAAAUGAACAGAAAGUGACCUCUAAAUGCCCCCAAAAUCGGAAAGUAUGGUUUCGAAUUCCCGCUUCCCAGUCUUAACGGACUGGGCAUCGAACGCCGUCAAUGGAAACCAUAUAGUUAACUGAGACACUAUUAUGGUGGAAGAUUUUGGUAGCAACUUGUUGGUUCCUUUUAUUUUUUUGAACAUUGACACCUUUUUAAAACGAUAUCUCGAUUCUUGGCAGGAGCAUAUCGAUAACCUCUGUACCAAAACACGAUUUGAUCAACAUUGUGACAGCUGAUGCCGACCAAAAUGACGUAAUGUCCGGGUUAUAAAAUUGCGCCAGCAACCCUACCCGCACAGAGAGCGCCAGUGGGCAACAUGGGACAAGCCUGUAAAAAAAGUGCCCUACCCGCGUCAUUGCCAGGAUAUCUCUACAUGCGUGAAAGCAAUGACACAAGUAAAUCCUAUGUCAUCUUACACGGAAAUUUACCUGGAUAUAUUUGUGAAAGGGGCUAUUCAGUAGAGGUCCCUUAUUAGCCAAUUGGAUGCCAGGAAUGCUAGGCAAUAGCCAAUGGCAGAGCAGCUAUAAUUAUGUUAAAUUCAGUAAACUCUGGGAGCUGGGUGUACCAUCCUUACUGUAUUUUUUUGCCUUUCAUAUCCUGAAAUUUCUUUCGUAACCAGGCAAUAUUUGUCCGUUGAGGCGUGUCUUAACCUGAAAAUUCUGUAUGUAGAAAGGUUCGUAAGUAGAGGUACCACUCUAUAGAUAUGACUGAAGCAUUCACUGACCGAACCCAUUUGGAGUUGGUCAGACUGGCAGCCAAAAUCUGAUUUUAGCCCAUUCAGACUGAAACUGGAUCCUCUUUUGUAGUCUGAACAGUUCAAAGCACAGAAAUCUAAUUUUUGCAAGACUGAUUCAAACUACACACAGGAGGUAGUUUCAUAUCAGUUUUGGACAAGAUUCUUCUCAGUCUGAACAGCUAAAAUGGGAUUUGAAAUUAAAAAAAAAAAAAAAAAAAAAAAAAGCCUUGUGUUCGGCGCGCCACACAACCCAAACCGACAAAAUUUUUGCGUGAUGCAGGGAAUUUUUCAAAGAAAACCCCAAAAUUUUCCCGUUCACCCUUAAACGCGGGUUUCCUGAAGGAUUUUUUUUUUUUUUUUAACAUGUAUCUUCUUCUACAAUUUUUGACCAAAUCGCAUAAUUUACACAUAAAACAUUUCAGGACCUUAAGGUGCAUUAAACUUAAACUUAAAAACUUAAAGUGCCAACAAAUUUUCCCAAAACUGUCCCAUCCAUUUCUAAUGCUAUGCCAUUGACAGCCAUGUAUGUCCAAAUUUCCCAUUCAUUUUCAAUGGCAGGAAAACAUAGGUCCUUGCGAUUUUUGACCAUUUACCAUGACAGCCCAUUAACGUUAAACCUGAGCCCCAGUAAGUCAAUGCCAUUGACAGCCAUGCACGUUCGUGCCAUUGACGGCCAUGUAUGUCCAAAUUUCCUCUUCAUUUUCAAUAGCAGAAAAACCUGUGUGGUUGUGAUUUUUGACCAAAAACUUACCAUUACAGCUCAUUGACAGGCGUCCAAAUAAGUCCAUGCCAUUGACAGCCAUGCCUCCAAAUCAACAGGAACUGAUCUGAUAACAACAGGACGUGUCCCCGAAAUGACACCAAAUCAACAGGAAGUGACCUGAUAGAUCUUUAUCCACCGCAGCAGAGCCCAAUUGUAUUUUCUCCAGAAAUUGCAGUUUCUAGUUAUUAAGGCCUUUUCACACUAGUGUCAACCCAGUGUGAAGAGCGGUCCAUGGCAAGCGCAAAAUGGGAGGAGCCACGUAGCCUGACGUAGACGCUGUCAGGAAGUGAAAAGCGGCAAGCAUAGUCCCAUGCACCAAUGCCUUUUUUUCCCAAUUGUUGCACAAGCAAACAGCAACUUUUCCUAUUUCAAGGAGUAGGGGGCAUUAUAAUAGUCAUGUAAAGAGUUUUACGAGUUUCGGUGAGAAGGUGAAUAGUUUUUUUUUUGUCGUUGUCCGUGAACUACAUUUCCACACAAACGCACAUCGACGUACCUUUUAGCUUAGCAAGGAGAGUAUUAGAGUCAUUUUUCGAUUGUCCCAGAGCUCGUGAAACUAAAAAAGCGCAUUUAUCAAGGUUUCGUCGGGCUUGGUUUGUGUAUAUCCGUCUGCCGAAACAGCCUGAAAGCACAGAUAUAAGUACGCCUGCCCAUUUGCUAUUGGAUGCGUUGUUUACGUCAGCGUGGCGGCACUCUGAAAAUAGAGCAAGGCUCUAUUUUGGACCCCGCUUCUCAGCGCAAAUUCAUUCAAACUUGCCGUUCAGCUCACCGUUCACUUUCGCCGAGAAGUCUUCUCCCACAUACACAAAGAAUGGGUUGCCGCUGAAUCCUUCACACUUGGCUGCCGCUAGUUUGAAACCGCCUUUAAGCCUUUUUUUGGGGGGGGGGAUGGAUUUGUGUUCAAAAUAUGUUCUGCUAUCGUUUUAAAGUUACUUGCUGUGGUGUUUCAUAGCAACUUUAACCAUGCUGUAACGUUAGCAUGUUAGUACUUACGACUCCCAAACUCAGGAAGUACAUCAACAACUUUCCUACUGUCAGAUCAGCUUUAAUUUGACUUCAGAAAUUGCUAUUGAAAGUGAUAGGCGUCCGAUUCAGAAGGACUGGGAGGGGCUAGCAUGUUUCAAGUCUUAAACUGAUGCCUUGCAUUACAACAUUUUGCCUAGUUUUCUAUAUUGUUUUGUUAAACUCGUUGGCUGCCAUUGACUGCGAUAGGCGUCCAAUCUAUUUGGACUGGGAGGGCUCGCAGUGAUCGUACAGAAAAUAUUGGGUUUUUGUUUUCAGUUUUUUUGGGGGGGGAUAUAAUUUUUUUGCAGUUUGUCAGUUUAGAGAUUUUGUGUUUUUUGGUGUUUUUUGUUUUUGUGGGUUUUUUUUUUUUUUUUUUUGUGGUUUAUACUUAAACUCAAAUUUAUCUAGGUUUUACCCUUUUUGUGGUUUUGUUCUUGGAAUUUUUUUGUGUUCAUUUUCUCAUUUUUUAAAAAAAAGUUUUUUGCAUGUUUUUGGUCUUUUUCAAUUUUUUGUUGAUUUUUUUUCUGGUUUUGGUAGGGUUUUGUCUUCAGUUUUGAGGGGGGUAUGUUUUUGCAAAUUAUCAUGGUUUUGCAUAUUUCUUUGAUAUUUGUGUAAUUUUGCUUUUUUACAUACUUUUUGUGGGAUUACCAAUUUUUAGGUGAUUUUUUUCUGAUUUUGGUGAGGAUUUUGUGGUUUUGUUUUUGCCCUUUUUUGUGUUCAUGUUCUCAUUUGGAUUUUUUUAAAAAUGUUUUUGCAGGGUUUUUUUUUUGUCUUGUCAAUUUUUGUUGAUGUCAUUGUUUUUUUCUGGUUUUGGUGGGGGUUUUUUUUCCAAUUUUUUUAUUUUUUUUUGCAAUUUUUCACGCUUUUACAGAUUUUGUGUUUUUGGGUGGGUUUUUUCUGUUUUUUGUGGGUUUUGUUUGAAUAUUGUUUUUAUUUUCAAAUUUGUAUUUUUUCGUUCAAAUUAUUUGUUUAUAUUUUAUUUAUGUAGAUUUUUUUUACAUUAUUAUUUAUGCUGUUUGAAAAGGCUACUUUAUGUUGUAUAUAUAUUUUUUUACAUUUUUAUUUAUUUGUUUAAAAAAGGCAAAUAUUUUAUGUUGUAUUAACUUUAUUUUUAAUCAUACAGAAUUUUUUAAUUCAUUUUUUUUUACUUAUCUUUCUACUUCAAUAGAAAAUUGUAAAUAUUCUGUAAUAUUUAAUUUCUUUAUUUGUACUUUUUGUUAAUUACAAAAAAGAGGAAAUAUUUUAGUUGAGUCAAAAAAAUGUACUUUUUAUUUUAUUCUUGUUUAAAAAUAUUUUUAAGUUAUAUCUAAAAUAAAUAUCUUGAUUGAUUUUUUUGUUCAAAUAAGUAUUGUUAUAUUUAUAUUAAAUUUUGGGGGGAAUUUUACUGUAUUUUUUUUCUCCAUUAUUUUUUUUGUUUAAAAAAAAAAAAGAAGUACUGUAUUACAAACGAAAACGAAGGGAAAACAUUCCAAAUGGAUUGGACACCUAUCGCCGUUGAUUGCAGCUAAUGAAUUAAAAGUAACACGGUGAAAAAAUGAUCCAGCCUGACCAAAACUCCAUUGGGAAAUAAGCCAAUUUAAACCAAUACACGCCAGUAUAAUUGGACGUCUGUCCGUCAAUGGCAGCCAAUGAGUUAAUUUAUAGAAACUGUUGAUGUGUUAGUUUCAGCUUUCUCAGUGUUCACCUGACAAAGUUAAGGUGCGGUAAAGUAAAAACAGUCGAUUUUUAAAGCAACUCUGGUUCCUCUAUCACCGUCAAUGGCAGCCCAUGAGUUAAAAAGGCAAGACAAGGACUUAAAAGUGGGCGGGGCUUUGACAGGCUCCCCUCCCCACAGCCAAUCAAGAGACAUUUUUUCCAGUUGCUGAUCAGGAGGCACAUGAAGACUUUUUUGAGUUGGUUAUAUUUGCAUCUCCCGCUUUUGGUUUUCUACUAUGACAACGUUGAUUUUUGUAACUUACGCACAUUGGUGGAGUUUGUCGAAAAAAGGAAGAAAAACGGAAAGGACACAUCUCUCUGCAAUAAAUGCAUCCAUCGUAUGUACAUUUCACAGGGAUUUUUUGCAUGGGUAUAUCAUUUGAUUUAUCACAUAACAUGAACACAAAUUUGCUCUGUUUCGAAUGGUGCUUGCCAAAAUAAACACUUUGAAAGGAUCGCGAAUGUGUUGACUUGAAUGCGAAUGUCGCCCCUACCAAGAUGGCCAUCCUGAGGCCACGUUGGUUUGUUUGUUGUACCAAUUUUCCCCCCGUUUUUUUCUAAUUAAGGUGUUUUUUUUUCCUGUUUUUUUUUUUGGUGUUGAGUUUUUAGUGGAUUUGGCAAAUUGUGGGUGAUUUUUUUUUUCAAAUGUUCUGUUUCUGUCUUAUGUGUGUUUAGCUGAUUUUUGCAGUGAUUUUUUUUGUAUUUUUUCUUGUUUUGUUUUGUGGAGGCAUUGUGGAUGUUUUUCGUUUUAAGUUUUUAGUGAUUUUGCCCUGUUUCGGGUGAUUUUUUUUUGUGGUUUUUU